AUGGAGUGUUCAGUAUUCCAUCAUGUGGUGAUUGUGUUAAUGUUCCUUUGGGCUCUCGCUUACUUCAAUCGAUCACACGCCCUUUUCUAUUUCCUCUCUCUGAUCUAUCUCUACCUGGUUCAUGAACGGUAUGUGAUGAGAUUGAGGAGGAAAUUUCAGUUUGAAGAGAGGAAGCAAGCUAACCAGAGACGGGUUCUAUCUGAUUCUGAAUCGGUGCGGUGGAUGAAUCAUGCUGUGGAGAAGAUAUGGCCAAUUUGUAUGGAACAGAUUGCGUCUCAGAAGAUUCUGCGUCCGAUCAUACCUUGGUUCUUGGACAAGUAUAGACCUUGGACCGCGAAAGAAGCUGUGAUACAACACCUUUACUUGGGAAGAAGCCCGCCAUUGUUGACAGAUAUAAGGGUGCUCCGGCAAUCUACCGGUGAUGAUCACUUGGUGCUGGAACUUGUCAUGAAUUUCCUCACAGCAGAUGAUAUGAGCGCAAUACUGGCCGUGAAGUUGAGAAAAAGACUUGGGUUUGGCAUGUGGACAAAGUUACAUUUGACAGGAAUGCAUGUCGAAGGAAAGGUGUUGGUUGGAGUGAAGUUCCUUCGUCGAUGGCCGUUUCUGGGGCGUUUACGUGUGUGUUUUGCAGAGCCGCCUUAUUUCCAAAUGACUGUUAAACCAAUCACUACUCAUGGGCUUGAUGUUGCUGCACUUCCAGGGAUUGCAGGAUGGCUAGACAAACUUCUGUCUGUUGCAUUUGAGCAAACUCUUGUUGAGCCAAAUAUGCUGGUAGUUGAUAUGGAGAAAUUUGUUAGCCCACAAUCAGGAGAAAAUUGGUUCUUUGUUGAUGAGAAAGAGCCAGUCGCACACGCCCUUGUUGAAGUCAUUGAAGGAUCUGAUAUGAAACCAUCAGAUCUAAAUGGUUUAGCUGAUCCUUAUGUGAAAGGGCAGCUCGGCGCCUACAGAUUCAAAACCAAGAUAAUAAGGAAAACUCUGGCUCCCAAAUGGCAAGAAGAGUUCAAGAUACCAAUCUUGACAUGGGACUCUCCAAACAUACUCAACAUUGAAGUUCAAGACAAAGACCGGUUCAGCGAUGACAACCUUGGCGACUGUUCAGUAAACAUUGCAGAGUUUAGAGGCGGCCAAAGAAAUGAUAUGUGGUUGCCUCUUCAGAACAUUAAAAUGGGGAGACUGCAUCUUGCUAUAACAGUAACUGAGGACGAGGCAAAGUGGAAUGAUGAUCCGUUUGAAGGAGCGACAAUAGGUAAGGAAGAUAUGUGGGCUUCUUAUGCUACCGACCUUACAAAUAAAGGCUCCUUCUCAUCAGUGGUGUCUGAUAAGUCUCCAAGGGUUAGGGAUAAUAUGGAACCAAUCAACAUCGAAGGACAAGAAGAGACUGGAAUCUGGGUACAUCAGCCAGGAACUGAUGUCUCACAGAUUUGGGAACCAAGAAAAGGCAAGAGUAGAUGCGUCGAUAACCAAAUACUAGGAGUUUCUCAUGAUACUUCUGCUGGCAGUGUUCAUUCCACUGCAUCUGUGUCGCCGAACAACGAAAGCAGCAGCCCAGAUGAGAACCAGGAAGGGAAGAAGUCUGUUGGCCGGGGCUUGAAGAAAAUCGGUUUAGUGUUCCAUAAGAAUGGGAAGAAGGAAGAAGGUCAAAACACAGGGAACAUUGAAGAGGAUCUCAGGUCUCCUCGGAUUAAUUUGAAGGCGUUAAAUCGAAAGGAUGUUGGGGUAAAGUACAUCGUUGAAGACCGUCUCUCAGGGCCUCUCACAGGAAGAAGUCCAAAAGGUGAGAGCUUUGGUGCUGAAGACAGUCAACAAAAGGGACACAUGAAGGUUGCAAAGAGCAUUCUAAAACAUGCUGAAAAGUCUGCUAGACACUUAAAGCAUGCGUUUUCGCGUAAAGGAUCAAGGAAGUCGAGAGAUGAUGAGAACUUCUCAACCGUGUCAGAGGAAGAUGGUGUUCCUGAAUUUGACUCAUAUUCUGAUGAUGAAUCUGCAGUUAGUAAGGUGCAGGACGUGGGGACACCAAGAACAGGAAAAUCUGAAGGGAAAGUUGUCAGGGCACGUGAAAAUGAUCAUGUAAAUACAUCAGCAAACUCCAAUGAAGAAGCUAGAGGUCUUGCAAACAUUUCGACAAAUAAAGAAGCAAAGGUACAGAAAGUAGACAUGGAAACUACUUAUGUGGAUGCCAGGAGCUCUUCUCCUGGAGCUGAGAAAGUUUAUACGCCCAAGAAUAUCAAAAGAUAG